GCCUUUCAACACUACCACAUCGACCACUCUUUGGCAAUUGUGCACACUGCUGUCUUUUGCUUGCCGAUUCUGUUUAACGUAUUGUAUUUAUUUGUUUAUAUGUGGAAUGUCAAAUUACUGGAGACCGCAGAACCCAAAGAGUGAAAAAUGCGCAUCUGCAUGGUGUCGGACUUCUUCUACCCGAGCAUCGGAGGGGUCGAGGAGCACGUCUACAACCUUUCGCAAAUGCUGCUCAGCCUGGGCCACAAGAUCGUCGUGCUGACCCAUGCCUACGGGGACUGCAGUGGCAUUCGCUAUGUGACUGGCUACCUGAAGGUCUAUUAUCUGCCCAUUAAGGUGUGCUACAACCAGUGCAUACUGCCCACCGCUGUUUGCAAUGUGCCGAUGUUGCGAGCGGUGCUUCUCCGGGAGCGUGUGGAAGUGGUCCAUGGCCACUCCGCCUUCAGUGCUCUGGCACACGAGGCGCUGAUGGUGGGCUCCCUCCUGGGGCUAAAGACUGUAUUUACCGAUCACAGCCUCUUUGGCUUUGCGGAUUUGUCAGCCGCUCUUACCAACAAUCUGCUGGAAGUCAACUUGGGCAUGGUCAAUCACGCCAUCUGUGUAUCUCACAUCGGGAAGGAGAACACUGUUCUACGCGCUCGAGUAGCCAAAAAUCGGGUUUCCGUCAUUCCCAAUGCAGUUGACACCGCCUUGUUUACUCCCGAUCCUCAACAACGACCGAGCAAUGAUAUAAUCAACAUUGUAGUGGCCUCCCGUCUUGUCUACCGCAAAGGCAUUGAUUUGCUAGCUGGAAUUAUUCCACGGUUCAAAAACACUCCCAACAUAAACUUUAUCAUUGUGGGCGAUGGACCUAAGCGUGAUCUCCUGGAGGAGAUUCGCGAAAAGACCAAUAUGCAGGAAAGGGUUCACAUGGUAGGCGCCGUGGAGCAUAACAAAGUUCGCGAUUUCCUGGUCCGUGGCCAUAUCUUUUUGAAUACCUCACUGACUGAGGCCUACUGCAUGGCCAUCGUUGAGGCGGCUUCCUGUGGACUGCAGGUGGUGUCCACCAGUGUGGGCGGAAUUCCCGAAGUGCUGCCUAAGAGUCUUAUACUGCUGGCAGAGCCCGAAAUUGAUGCCAUUUACGCUGCGAUUCUAAUUGCCAUCGACCGUCAUCGAAAGAGUUCCUUUAAGGUUAGUCCUCCAGUUGCCAAUGGACAUUUGCCCUCGGAGGCUAAUGGAAAGGCUAAGCGGCGACGUCGCAGGAAAACGGAUACUCCUACCUCCCCUACGCAACUGCCAGCAUCGUCUGCUCCUCCUGCGGAUCAGAACAGCCCUGCAGAGCCCGUAAUGUGUCCAUAUAGAUGUAAUGAGUUGGUGGAAACGCUUUACAAUUGGGAGGAUGUUGCCCUUCGCACAGUGAAGGUGUACGAUCGCGUUUCAAAUGAACGCUCCUUCACCACCAGCGAGCUGGUAUUUGCGGUGUGGCAGCACGGCUCCUGGUUCCUGGUGUUCUUCGUUGUGGCCCACUUCUUAAUGCGUUUGCUGGAGCUUUGGCGCCCUCGGAAUCGCGUAGAGUUAGCGCAGGAUGUACAACGCCCGGUCAGCUAGCAAACAAACAACAAACGGAUUCCAUUCUUCCAUCAACUAGCCAAUUAUAUAUUAAUGCGAUAGAUUUUUUAA